CAUGCAUUAUAGCGCGCCUUCUAGUAGGUUCCGUACGUGGCAACGACAUCAACUUACACCCACUUCUCUGUCCUCUUCACCCGGGGGUGAAAACUGUUCAUACUGCGAGGAGUGACACCACUUUUCAACCUCCGGGAGACGAAGGUUAUUGAAUAAGACAAAAUGAAGAUGUUCCUGUGUCUUAUCCCCUGGACUUUCCUAUGCUGCUGCUGCUGGAUAACCCAUGCUGAGAUCUUCUCCUCCAUAGGCCAAAUGACAGACCUCCUGUACACAGAGAAAGAACUGGUCCACUCCCUGAGAGAGUACAUUAAGGCAGAGGAGUCCAAGCUGGCUGAGGUCAAAAGCUGGGCCAAGAAGCUGGACGAUCAGACCAAAGUGUCCACGUCUGACCCGGAAGGCUUCCUGGCUCACCCGGUGAACGCGUACAAGCUGAUGAAGAGACUCAACACAGAGUGGUCACAACUGGAAAACCUGGUGCUGCAGAAUCCUUCAGAUGGGUUCAUUUCUAAUAUGACGCUACACAGACAGUUCUUCCCCGAUAAGGAUGAUGAGACCGGUGCGGCCAAGGCACUGAUGCGUCUGCAAGACACUUACCGACUUGAUUCAGAGGUCUUUUCAAAAGGAAAGCUGCCUGGUAUGCACUCCAAUGCCAUGCUGUCAGUGGACGACUGUUUCGACAUGGGCAAGACGGCCUAUAACGACGCAGACUACUACCACGCUGUGCUGUGGUUGCAGCAGUCCCUGAAACAGUUGGACGCUGGCGAGGAAGUGGUGGUUUCCAAGGCGGACAUUUUGGACUACCUCAGCUAUUCUGUUUACCAAAUGGGAGACCUGUCUCGUGCCGUCGAGCUGACCCGCCGGCUGGUGGCCAUUGAUCCGAGCCACCAGAGGGCAGGAGGAAACCUGCGAUACUUUGAGCGGCUGCUGAUGAAACAGCAAAACGAGGAGGAGGAAAAGAAGACCGACCAGCCUGCUUCAGAAGAGCCCAUCCACCUAGGAACCUAUAACAGACCUCUAGACCAGUUGCCUGAGAGAGAUAUCUACGAGGCGCUCUGCAGAGGGGAGGGCGUCAAAAUGACUGAAGCAAGGCAGAGCCGUUUGUUUUGCCGCUACCAAGAUGGCAGGAGGAACCCUCGUUUGCUGCUGAAGCCCAUGAUGGAGGAGGACGAGUGGGACAGCCCACAUAUUGUACGCUAUCUGCACGCCCUCUCCGACUAUGAAAUCAAGAAGAUAAAGGAAAUGGCCAAACCCAGGCUUGCCAGAGCAACUGUACGUGAUCCCAAAACAGGAGUGUUGACCACAGCCAACUACAGAGUAUCAAAAAGUGCAUGGUUAGAGGAGGAGGAUGGCCCGGUCAUUGCCAGAGUCAAUCAGAGAAUACAAGACAUCACAGGCCUAACUGUUGACACAGCAGAGUUAUUACAGGUUGCUAACUAUGGAGUCGGAGGACAGUACGAGCCACACUUUGACUUUUCGAGGCGUCCUUUUGACAGCAACCUCAAGGUCGAUGGAAAUCGACUUGCCACCUUCCUAAAUUACAAAGAUGAGCCUGAUGCUUUCAAAAGAUUAGGCACUGGAAAUCGUGUGGCCACUUUUUUGAACUAUAUGAGUGAUGUGGAGGCAGGAGGCGCCACAGUCUUCCCUGACUUUGGAGCUGUAAUUCAGCCGAAAAAGGGGACAGCAGUGUUCUGGUAUAACCUCUUCAAAAGUGGGGAAGGAGAUUAUAGGACGAGACAUGCAGCUUGUCCUGUUUUAGUGGGAAGCAAAUGGGUGUCCAACAAGUGGAUUCACGAGCGAGGACAGGAAUUCAGGAGACCCUGUGGCCUCACGGAAGUGGAUUGAACGUUGACCCGUGAGACGCACGAACACAGUUCCGAAACACUUUCCAUGUGCAUUAUUGCCAUUGUCUUGUCAAGGUGUUGAGUUAAACAUUUUUACCCAUCUUAAGCAAGCCCAUCGGGACGACCAGCUGACGAAUACACAAAUAUGUUUUUAAAAAAAUGUCUUACUUGGAUGCAACAACCUGACAGGACUAUUUCCAUUUGACCUAAGAGCUGCUUUAUUUAUACAGUGUUUAAAUUAUUAAAUGAAAAUAUGUGCUUUUUCUACCAGAUGGCCAUCAGAAACAAGUCAAUAAAUGGUCUUUUAUUUGAAA